CCCUUUCAAAAUAUAAUCAUAAAAAUAACUAUUGUUUCUAGUCUAAAGCUCCAGUCAAUAUCAUGACAAAUUUUUAGAAGAUUCUAGACAAACAAAACAAAUUUCUUCUAGAAUUUCACCAGAAGUUCUUUUGUUUGGUCAUACACAGAUUCAACCUUGAACGGAAUGAAAUUCACCUAUACUUCAAAAUUUUGUUAAAUUCUGAAUCGAAUAAAAUAAAAAUUUGAAAAGAAAUUCUCGUAUUUAUUGCUGUUGAGAUUCCUUUACAAUCGUUUUUUUUUGUGAGAAUCCUCAAAAAUUUAGAUCUAUUGAAUAGCCUACAAAACACAAACUUCCAAAGGUCUCAACUAGCAGAUCCUUGUACUCAAUUUUAGAUCAAGAUUUUGAUUGUAGAUUGGUAUUGUCUUGUAAAGAAGCGAAAAUGCGUAGUUUUAGAAAAUUUGUUUAGAAAAUUUUAUUUACUCGGGUUAACAUUUUCCUCUGAUCUAAGUUACAACUGUUGAUUCGAUUCUCAUAACAGAAUCAUCAUUUUGUCUGCUAAUUCUUCGAAAAUUCUUAGUAGAAUCGAAAGUGAAUCCUGUUAACAUUUUACAAUUUUGAUAUGAACAAAAAUUCCUCCUAAAACAGGUAGAAAACUCGAGAAAUAUCAUGCAGAGAUCAACAAUGGUUCCUUGUAACGACUAAUAUCGCUUGGCGAUGACUUAACAUGGUGAUUUUUUGCAACUUCCGAACAUAAUUUUCACAACAAUUAUAAUGAAGAUUUCGAUCAACAGAUAUGUAUCAGAUUUUAGAGAUUCUCAUUAAAUGUUCUUCAAAUUUCUCCAUGUAGGAUUCUUAUAGAUGUCAUUAUUUUCCUAGCUAUUCAACAGAUCUCGAAAUGGGCCGUCCGACCCAAACUUUAUUUUUUUUUGAAGGAAGAUUUCUCGCAUAAGAAAAUAGAAAAAAAUCUGAUUUUAAUCGAUUUUUUUCUAAUUAAAAAAUUGAUUGAAAUGAUAUUAAUUGAAUACGAUAAAAACUCGUUUUUUUUCCAACUUUGAAACCAAUUGAAGUUCAUCUUUAAAGUUGAAGAAUCAGAUUUCAAUCAGAAUUAAAUAGCGCCAUUUUAAUCGCGUUUUACUUAAAGACAAUCGAUUUUAUUCUGAUUCUUGAUCAGAGUUUCUUUCAUGGGUUUUGUAUCUCACAACCGGUAAUAUUCAGAAGUCGUUAUCAUGCGAACGUUGCUGAUGUUCUAGUUAGGCAAUAAAUAAGCAGAGCAUUUAUUUGGUCCGAUGACACUGCUCAUCUACGCUCAACGUCAAAUACAUUAUCUACUGUAUUAAAUGACAUGAAUGUUAUUAAAACGGAAAUAUUAACUGUAUACUAAAACUGAUAACAUAAUUUUAAAAAGUUAAAAGCUGAUGUAUUUGUGAAUGUAUCUUGGCUGUUCGGUUCAAAAUAAAAAUAGGAAACAUUUCUAUUUGAAAUGCAGAAAUAAUUGUAUUAGUAUAAUGAGGCUCAAGAAGACAUAGAAGUUCCACAUGUCAACCACAAAGGGACUGCGCUAACAAGCCUUUUUCAAGCUUUAAAAUUGUCCACCUUACUCAACUUGUGAUCACUAUAAUAAUAAACUUUUUAUUAUGUUUUGACAAAUUAUUGCAGUGACCGUGAAGUGCCAUCUUGUAGAAAUUCUUUUUGUAAAAGAAAUAUACUUUUAAUAGUACCAUUUUCAAUUGGGGGGGGGGGGGAGGACCAUCACAAAGUGAUCCGAUAUCGAGGCCUGCUCUGUACUUUACUUGAUUAUCGGGUAAGAGAAAACCCAAAUUUUGUUGUCACAUCACGAUAAAUUAUAGCAGCACAAUAUAAAGUGAUCAGUCGAUAGCUAAUCGUUAAAAAAAACUCCAAUAUAAGUCACAAUCGUUUAAUUUCUAUUCUUGAAAUUUAUUCUAUUUGAUAGCUCAGAUCAACGAAAAAAGAAAUGCCUCGAUAGAAAGUUUAUAAAUUCAACGAGUAUCAAACGAAGAUCAUUAAAAUCAGUGAAAUCAGAUGAACCGUAUACACUUAAAAGAGAAUACUUUUAGCAAUAUCAUUUAUCCUAAUGUAGCAUUUCCUGAUAGUAAUGUUACAAAAAAUAUCCAGAAAUAAUUUGCGAUUAGAAAAAUGCUUUCUACUUUUUUGUUGCAUUUAGUGUUCCUUUUAAAUAGAUAUUUGUUUUUUUUUCCAUUAGAAAAUAGCGGGACUUCGUUCUCGUUGUUGCAUUCAUCCACAAGUUACCGGGUAUUGUAAUCACCUCAGUUCUUGCUAAGAGAGUACAUUAUUAGUAGAAAUAUUUAAAUAACUUUAUCAAAUUUAUUUGUUCAUUCUUUUUCAAUAUAUUUUUAUCUUCAUCAUGUAAAAAAAAUCACGUUUAAAUCUAUUUAAGAACACAAUGAUAAAAAUGACUCAUAGUGAGUGUGCGCGACUAAUAUUGUUCUUAUCCUAACAAAAAAAAUUGAUAAAUAUAUUCUAACAUAUUUUUAAUAAUGAUGUCAAUUCAGUAUAGGCAAUUUUAGAUGAUACUUCAGAUAUUUGAAACAUACGAAAAAGGGCUCACAAUUGUUCGAAAUCUAACAAACAAUCUUCAUAUAUGUUACUUUCACAGAAUACGCAGUAGUUAGAUGAGUUUCUUAAACGUAGAAUGACUUUUUUUUUAUCGUAUAUAUUUACAUGUUACUAUACGUUCGAUUCAUAACUGGGCAAUUCAAUACAUGAUUCGAAUUGAAUUGAGUCAAAUUGAAAGAAAAACUUCCUAACUCACGAGUUGAGUUGAAUAGAAUCAAAAAAGUUUUCAAAGAUCUGUGAAUUCAGUUUCAUUUAGCUUAAAUCAAAAAUCUUGAAAGGAUAUAUUCGCUUGAAAACACUUUUAUGAUUUUGUUUUCGUAAUCAUUUCGACAUGUUUUUACGAGUUUAUUUUCAAAAAGAUCUGCUUGCUUUAUCAUGGUUGACGUGCGGAAAAUUCCUCAAUUUCUUUUAGGAAAUCUGAAAAUUCAUCAAUAGAAUACCGAUAUUCAGCAUCAGAAGGAAGUUUUCAUUCCUUUCCAUGUCUAUCCCAAUAGCUUAAGCAACUCAUGUGAAAAUUUAGUUUGAAAAUUAGAAUGCCAGGAUUUCAUCUUUUCGAGAAAGUUUACUAGAGAGUUAUAAUCUGGUUGAACAUGGAGUUCGAUAAUCAAUAAAUUUUCAUCAUGUUCAUGACUUCUAAAUCAAAAAUACAAUUAUGGUAUUUAGUUCAUGAAAAUGUUCACUUCUUCAUCGUCAUGUAAUUUCUUUUAAUUUUCUACAUUGAUAAGGUGGUUAAUUUUCAUUCACUCUCUAUUAGACAUUAGCGUAAGCACGGUCGUUUGUUCAACAAACGCAGACUACGUACAUGAAAUCGUAUGAAAUUUGAUCAUUAUCGCAAACAUAGUCACAUAUCAUAUUAUAUCUUGUAAACAUAAUUUUAUUGAACUGGCCUAUUGAUAAUUGGAAUGAAAAUGAAUUGAAAUGAUUGAACAUGGUAAAAAAAAAGACCUAUUCCAUUCAUUUCAUUUCUGAUUUCAAUGAAGUUAAACAAAUUUUUUUUGACUUGUUUGUUUUAUAUGAAGCUCUAUAUUCCGAUUACACUUUAUACAUUCUAUACUAUUUAUAUAGAUCAGGUGACAGACAAAGUAAUUCAAUCAUAAAUUUUAGAGGAAGAUUAUGUAACUAGCGAAUAGGUAUCGAUAUCUACUCAAAAUAAGAAUUGUAUUUUGACUUUCACGAAAACAAUCAUAUGUCAAUAGAUAUUUUUAUAAAUCUAUGACUCUCUUUAAUGAGAAGAAUUUAGACUCAGUGUCGUCUCUCAUUAGAAUCAUGGACGUCGAGUUUGAAAUACAUCUAUAUCAGUGGUUUUGGGGAACUUACAUAUUUUUAAAGAAAAUAGUGAGUGUAAGUUUUAAGUCGAAUUUUUGCGGCUUUCCUUCCCUCCCUUCACCAUCAUCUCCAUUACAGACAACUUCUCAUUACGGAUCUUAGCAAUUGAAGAUAACAGGCGUCAGACUUUCUAUAGUUUUUUUGCAAAGUUGAUGAAGUUAUAAUUUUGAAAGAUAAUCAACAUCAUUGUUUCUGAGUUACUUAACAUAUAUAUAUAAUAGUGCAUAAGAUCUGCUGUAGAUAUAAUAGAUAUGUAAAACAGAUGUAUUUGCCAAUUAAUUCGAUGAUUAUAAUAAUAAGAAUGUUAAAUUAAGAAAAACGAAUUUAAAAAAUGAAUAAUAAGGAGCGAAUAGCAGCAAUGCAAAAUAAAAAAUAGGGUGCCCGUAGAAAAAGAAAAUUUCUGUUCGAAAUGCAGACAUUAGAAACACUCUUACUCUGAUGUUCGAUUAUCCUACAAAAUAACUAUAGUCUACAAAAGAUUUUUCACUUUACAUAUUUUGUAUUAGUUUAAUGAGGCUAGAGAAUAUAUGUGAGUUUCACAUUUCAGUCCCAAAGAGGCUACGCUAACAAGCUUCCUAUAUUAUCAAUAUCAGUAUAGAAAACUAAGAAUAAAAAUAUAUGUAUAAGCAUAUAAGUUCAAAUAAAUCAAAUAUUAUAUCGUUUUCUAUAUUAUAUAUAUAGAAAAAUAUUCCCAGGCAUAUGGUAGAAAAAAAUUAAUUAAUAUAUUAUUUUCUAUAUUGUCAAUAUAGAAAGAAACCAUAUGAAAUAAAAUAAUUUCUGUAUUAAUGAUAUCAAUAUAGAAAAAUAACGAAUACAAAAAUAUAUGUGCCAGCGUACAGUAGAGGAUAAUAGAAAAAAACUUAAUUUUUCAUCUUUUGAUAGUUUUAGAAAAAUUUGGACAUCGAUAUUUUUUCUGUCGAAAUAUUUUGUGAAGACGAACGUUCUUUAUGAUGUGAGAAUUUCCGAGAUAUACCUGUAUUUUGACUAAUCUAUUAUACAAACCAUUUAUUUGUGAAGUCAAAAAUAAUUUCAUAAUUUUGUGUAUUUUGUACAUUUCUCCAUAACAGAAACUGUUGAAUCAACAACUCUCGAAUAAGUAACAGGGCACGACAGAUCACACAGAAUCAAAUAAGAGCAGAUAAGACUUGGAUUAUGUAAUGCUAUAACUUUCUUUUGUUUAUGAAUUCUAUUUAGUCAGAUAAAAUCAGAUCAGAGUCCUUUACUCUGUUCUUAUAUAUUUCUUAAUCUCAGAAUCUAAUAAGAUGUUCAAUGACAUCUUUUAUUCUGAAUCUGACAAAAGCUUUAAAAAAAUGCAUCUAUUUUCACUGUCUCUUUUUGAUCUCUUCUAGUACAUUUCUCUUUUUUCUUUCCUGUCUACUUUACAUCUCAUGCAUAUCCCUUCUCUCUUGCAUUCUUUUUGUGCAUGACAUCGCAUCUACUCUAUUUUCAAUAUUCUUGUUCAGAAUCUUCGAGAAAAUUAUUAUUGUCCCGAGAUUUCUAUUAUAUAUAUCCGCCCUUGUGCCUAUGAUAUUCAUUAUGUUCAGAAGAAUUCAGUGAAAACCCUCCCAGGAUCGAUUUGUGAUGAGCACUUUGUUCAGGAAAUUUGUUGUAUUUACUGUUCUAAAUAAAGGAAAACUAUAAUUCUAAUAAUUACUUUACAAGACUGAAGAGGAAAACAAUCUAAUUUGGGCAAGAAUACCAGUUCAGCAAUCAAAAUCAUAGAAAUAUGAAUACAUGUUAUCAUAUUAUCUCCAAAAAUUAGCUUGAGCAUCCGAGGGUUAAAUACACAUAAGUUUUUGAACAUAAUUAAAUUUACGAUUGAUAUAAAUUAGUAGCAUAUUAAUUUAUUCCUUUAUAAACUUUCUCAUAAAAUUCAAAGAUAGGCACCUCCAUUCUGUCCUGUUCCUACUCCAUUUUCACUCUGAUGAGAAAAAAUAUCAACUUUAGAGUUGGAAUUGCCCAUCUCUGAUAUCAACCAUUUCAAAAUACUUACUCUUCAGAUCCUCCUGAACAUAUCCAUUACAUGCGAGCUUACAGAAGACUUCUCAGAACAAGUACUACAUAAGGAUUAUAGCAUGAUCCUCAUAGAAGAUACUCAUUAUUUUUAGAUUUUCCGAUUUUGACAGAGUAUCUUAUUUAGUCAUCAAGAUUCUCUUCGAGGACCCUAAUACAAUGAUUUGAAGAUGGUGUUCAUCAAAAGUUAAAAAUAGCAUUUUAGAACACUUUCUUUUCAAAGCCCAUAAAAUUCAUAGAUCCCAAUGUUUGUCACUGGAGAGCUCCGUUCGGAUUGACAUCCAUCUUUUCAGCAUUUGCAAAAGUAAAAGUCCUCUCAGAUUACAUAGAUUCGCGUGGAAUCCUAUCAACUUUGUUCAAUUUCGCCUGUAUCGAAACCUUCUCAUGAUCUUCCUUAGAGUACAUCACAGUUGUUCUUCAAACAGCUUGACAUAACUUACCAAAAGCCUUAUAAAAUUUCACCGGCAUUCUCUAUGCAAAUACUUAGGAGAUUCUUCAGUAGAUCUACAUUCAUCAUACAGAAAAUCAUGUAUCCUUAAGGUUUUCUAAAAAACAUAAGGAUUAGGUUUGAUAUUUUGUUGUUCAACGAUUCGAUAUUCUUCUCACAAGAUACAGAUAGAAUCUUCUCUGAUGUUCAUAUAAAUGAUCAUUCUGCCAAAAAGAUUCUGAAUUCUUGCAAUUCUGAAAAAAUCCUCAGAUCUCUAUGUUUUUCUACCAAAAACUUACAUGGAAUUAGUACUACUCUUUCUUGGAGAACCUCCUUACAGCAAUCUCCAGGUGUUAUUUUUAUGAUCAAAAAGAUCUUGGCAAAAACUAGAAGUAACAUAGAUGUAAGAAUCGUUACCAAAUCCUUUUUUCUCCUAGCAAACUAGGAAAAGACUUCUGAAUUUUUAUCUGUGGAAUGAGCAUUCUCAAAGAUGAAUGUCAUAUUUAUAGCGCUUGCUCCCACGAGAGACGAGAUCCCUUUGAUAACGACGAUUUCUUUUCUUUUUUGUUCAUUGUAGUAAUUCUCAAUAUUCCAGCCGAUGCCCGAUGGAAACAGAAUGGUACGACUGUUGCUGGAGAUCAUGGACAAGGCAAUGCUACCAAUCAACUCGGCUGUCCUUAUGGUAUCUUCGUUGAUGAUGAUCAAACGAUGGUCAUUGCUGACUACGACAAUCAUCGUAUCAUCCAAUGGAAGAUGGGCGAUACGAAUGGACAAGUAGUAGCUGGUGGCAAUGGCUACGGAAAUCGAUUGGAUCAAUUGAAUGGUCCAACCGAUGUAUUGAUUGACAAAGAGACGGAUAGUCUCAUUAUUUGUGACCGGGGCAAUCAACGAGUCGUACGAUGGUCUCGUCGUAGUGGCACAACUCAAGGAGAAAUCCUCAUCGACAACAUCAGUUGUCAAGGAUUGGCCAUGGAUGAUCAGAGAUAUCUCUACAUCUCUGACUACGAAAAACAUGAAGUAAGACGAUAUCAAAUAGGAGACAAGAAUGGAACUCUAGUAGCUGGUGGCAAUGGCGAAGGUGAUGGUCUCAAUCAACUCAACUCUCCGACCUACAUCUUUGUCGAUCAACAACAGACUGUCUACGUGUCAGACAACUACAAUCAUCGUGUAAUGAAAUGGAAUAAAGGUGCAAAAGAAGGAAUUGUCGUCGCUGGAGGUCAAGGCAAAGGGAAUGCCCUGACACAAUUGUCGUAUCCUGGCGGACUGUUCGUCGAUACAUUGGGCACCAUCUAUGUGGCAGACACGGUGAAUGAUCGAGUGAUGCGUUGGCCUAAAGGAGCGAAACAGGGCACUGUCAUUGUGGGUGGAAAUGGUGAAGGAGCAGGAGCAAAUCAGUUCAACUAUCUCCGUGGUUUGUCCUUCGAUCAAUAUGGCAAUCUCCAUGUCGCCGAUCGUGAUAAUAAUCGUGUUCAACGAUUCUCAAUCGAAUAG